AUGGCGCCAGAGUCUCUUGAGGAAGCACCUAUAGUCCCCGGCAUCUCGGGGAAGGUGACACCAAGUUCACUAGAGUCUAUCACGCAUUCACCAAGAGCUCAAAUCCAAACAGUACAACACUCCACCUUGGUCGAACAGUUCGCCAUGCCGGACCGCGAAGAUUCCGAGAAAGCUCCCCACUCUCAAGUGGACGAUUCCAACGAUGCAGUAUCCGAUCCACCCCGAUCCUACAACCGGAAAGUCCGCACUCCGUCGCCAGAAUUGAAUCCCAAGGCCGGCGAAAACAGACUACGCCCCGCGGGAGAUAUCAUCAAUCGCCUCAUCUGGGAUCCCAAAUUCGAGCGCAAUGAAUAUGUGAUUGGCUUUGUGGACCGCUUCGAGGGACAACUGGAGGUUGGCAUGGACAGCUGGAAAAAGGAGACCACCGAUGAGGAGUUCAUUCCACAGCAUCGCGUCCUUUACAUUCGGCAUAUCAGUGGGGACAUUGUUUGGGACCGGAGGAGACGUAUCGACAAGAUUUUCCUCAGUGGAAACUCCGCGUUUCCUGAGUUGGCCUUUCUUGCCUGA